CUCGGCAAGGAAAAGGCGACAUGGUGGAGUCUUACCUGGACGAAGUCCGCAAAGAAGAAGUCAGCGGUGGACGACAAGCUGCCUGAGCACGAACAGGUACGCUUGAUUUUGAUGCAGCGGCUCCCUGGCGGGCCACCAUCCGCAGCACCGCCCACACCGCCCGCCCCAUCAGCUCACCACAACUGCAAACCAAUCACAAGCCUCAACAUGCAGUUGGAGCUAAAACCUGGCAUGGACUUCCCAGUCUGGAUCACAACACAACACUUGGUGUAUUUACAACAAUGCAGAUGGUGUUGACUGAGCGCUGCCUGCACUUCAGGUAGGGGGCGGCAGCACCCAGCAAAGUAGGCGUCAUGCCCGUGGAGGGUGGAAGCAGCUCCGCCUCAGCUGCUCGCCACCCCAAGCAAAAGCGCAAGGCUCACAGUUUGUCCAUUCGACGCACCAACAGCACAGAGGAGAGACCAGCAGGCAGCCAGAGAGGAGACAUGCUGGAGACGCAGGACUCCAAGCUGCCGCAAUCCCUGCGUAACAAUCUUCUAGAUCUCUUUGGUCAGAUUGAACGGGAGUUUGAGAAUCUCUACAUUGAGAACAAUGAACUACGACGGGAAAUCGAGUCUCUGAAUGAACGUCUGACUGGCGACGGACAGAAUCUUGAAGGAGGAGACGCCUCCAAGGGGGUCCUGAAAACCAAAGCCAGCCACAGCACCAGCCAGCUGUCCCAGAAGCUGAAGACCACCUACAAAGCGUCCACCAGCAAGAUUGUGUCCAGCUUCAAGGCCACCGCAGGGUCCAGGGCUGUGUGUCAGCUGCAGAAGGAGUAUGUCGGCCAUCGUGACGGCAUCUGGGACCUCAGUGUGACCAGAACUCAGCCAGUGGUUCUGGGGACCGCAUCAGCAGAUCAUUCAGCCCUGCUGUGGAGUAUCGAGACUGGAAAGUGUCUGCUGAAGUAUGCUGGCCAUGCAGGAUCAGUCAACUCCAUCAAGUUCCAUCCCACGGAGCAGAUGGCCCUGACAGCCUCCGGGGACCAGACGGCUCACAUCUGGCGCUACAUGGUGCAGCUGCCUGCCCCCCCGCCUCCAGCAGAUGUCAGUGCCCCGUGUGAGGAAGACCAGGACUCCUCCGACAGAGAAGAAGGCGAGGUGGACGGCGAGGGCCCGUGCGAGGUCCCCACCAUCCGGGUGGCUACGGCAACACUGAAAAGCCACCAGGGUGUGGUCAUCGCCGCUGAUUGGUUGGUGGGCGGCAGACAGGUGGUGAGCGCCUCUUGGGAUCGUGCUGCCAACCUGUAUGAGGUGGAGACGUCCGAGCUGGUGCACACGCUCACUGGCCAUGACCAGGAACUUACCCACUGCUGCACACACCCCACCCAGCGACUGGUUGUUACCUCCUCCAGGGACACCACCUUCAGACUGUGGGACUUCAGAGAUCCAUCAAUCCACUCUGUCAAUGUCUUCCAGGGACACACCGACACGGUGACAUCCGCAGUCUUCACAGUGGGCGACAAUGUGGUUUCUGGGAGUGAUGAUCGCACAGUCAAGGUGUGGGAUCUGAAGAACAUGAGGUCACCCAUAGCAACCAUUCGCACAGACUCUGCUGUCAACAGGAUCAGUGUGUCCACCAACCAAAGGAUCAUAGCACUGCCACAUGACAAUCGACAAGUGCGACUCUUUGACAUGAGUGGAGCCAGACUGGCACGCCUGCCUCGCAGUAACAGAAUGGGCCACAGGCGCAUGGUUUGUUGCACCGCCUGGAACGAGGAGAACCAAAGCUGCAACUUGUUCACCUGCGGCUUCGACCGGCAAGCCAUCGGCUGGAACAUCAACAUCACGGCUCUGCUGCAGGAGAAGUGAAGAAGAAGAAGAAGAAGAAGAGUGUAGAUGUUGACCAGUGGUCUUCAAGGUGUGACGCAGACUUCUACUGUACAUGCUAUCAUUGUCUUCUUCUGCACAUCCACUGGCUACUUCCUGUCCCAGUCAAGUGCCAGUUACUGGCUACUUCCUGUCCUAGUCAAGUGCCAGUUACUGGCUACUUCCUGUCCUAGUCAAGUGCCAGUUACUGGCUACUUCCUGUCCUAGUCAAGUGCCAGUUACUGGCUACUUCCUGUCCCAGUCAAGUGCCAGUUACUGGCUACUUCCUGUCCCAGUCAAGUGCCAGUUACUGGCUACUUCCUGUCCCAGUCAAGUGCCAGUUACUGGCUACUUCCUGUCCUAGUCAAGUGCCAGUUACUGGCUACUUCCUGUCCCAGUCAAGUGCCAGUUACUGGCUACUUCCUGUCCC